AUGACUACUUUACCAAGACGAACUGAAAUGAACAAGGUUUAUCAAGACCUUGGUACCGAGAUCCUAGAUGCAUCGUUUGCUGGUUACAAUGCCUGUCUGUUUGCCUACGGACAGACAGGCUCCGGCAAAACGUAUACCAUGAUGGGAUGCAAGGAUGAGGUUGGUCUGAUUCCUCGGAUUUGUGAAGGGUUAUGUAGUCGUGUUGAUGACUUUGCAGAGGAUGUCACCUGCCAGAUUGAAGUCAGCUAUCUUGAGAUCUAUAAUGAAAGGGUUCGUGAUCUGUUGGCACCUGAGGACCUCUCACAAUACACUCUUAAAGUGCGGGAACACCCGAAAGAUGGACCUUACGUGCAAGAUUUAUCUAAACAUCUAGUAGGAGACCACAUAUCCGUACGAGAGCUGAUAGAGCGAGGGAACGUCAACCGCACAACGGCGGCCACGCACAUGCAUGAUGCUAGCAGUCGGUCACAUGCCAUCUUCACCAUUAACUUCACUCAGGCCACAUUGAAAGACAACAUGCCAAGUGAGGUAGUGAGUAAAAUCAACCUGGUAGACUUAGCUGGAAGUGAACGAGCCGACCCGAAUUACAGCAGAGGACGAUUGACAGAGGGUGCGAAUAUUAACAAGUCGCUGGUUACGCUCGGCAACUGCAUCUCUGCAUUAGGAUCGUCAGAAAUUCUGAAAGCUUCAAACUCAUUGUCCGCUGCGAGUAUGGAGAGCUUAACCACGGCGGAAGAUAACUAUACUGUUAGUGGGUUGCCUAGGAAACCAGGUUAUAUACCGUACAGAAACUCGGUGUUGACGUGGUUACUGAAAGAUAGUCUUGGUGGUAACUCAAAAACUAUUAUGAUAUCGACCGUGUCCCCAGCAAGCACAUACUUCAAUGAGACUAUGAGCACAUUGCGUUAUGCAAGGCGAGCGAAGCAUAUUGUCAACAAACCUAAGGUUAAUGAGGAUCUGAACGUUCGCUUAAUUAGAGAAUUGAGAGCAGAAAUUGAUUCCCUGAAAGCCCUCCUUAGCUGUGCUAGUCUUAGUAGUUCGCAAGCAUCUCUAGUCCAAGAUAAGAACAUCAAUGAAAUACUGCAAGAGAAUGAGCAGAAGGUAGAUCGAUUGACUGAAGCUUGGGUAGAGAAGUGGAGAGAGGCGGCCUCAAUCAUGCAGGAAUGCAACGUAGGUAUUCGUCGGGAGAAUGUUGGUGUCAUCGUUGAAUCUGAUCUACCACAUCUUCUUGGGAUGGAUGACGACCUCUUGAGCACUGGAAUUAUCUUGUACCACCUCAAGGAAGGGGAAACCACCAUUGGACGUGAAGAUGCUGAUGAAGAACAAGAUAUCAUUCUCUCUGGUCCAGGUAUUGAACAAAAACAUUGUUCAAUUCAAAAUAAUGGAGGAACCGUAAUGCUGUGCCCUUGUGAGGGUGCUCUUUGUGCUGUUAAUGGUCUCGAUGUUAACCAACCAACUCAACUAACUCAAGGUGCUGUGGUGCUAUUUGGUAAGACAAACAUGUAUCGGUUCAACCAUCCAGCAGAAGCUGCCAAACUUAGAGAAAGACGAGCUUCAAUUCAAUCUAACCCUGAACGAAGAGUUACCCGAAAGAAUAGCAUCACGCUCAAAGUACCAUCUAGCGCAUUAAAUGAAGAAGCGAGGCAGCGUUCCAUGUCGUUUUCCUUCACGCGUGAUGGUAACCUAAUUGAGGAGCAAGAUCAUAUCAACUUUGGCUCAGCAUUGUCCCCUAUUAUGAUGUAUAAUUCUGGUGAUGAUGUAUAUAUGGAAGUUUAUGAGGAUAUUGAACUUGAGCGUCAACAUAAAAUGGAGGUUGAAAAGCUAGACGAAACCAGGAAAAGAUUAGCUGAGCUGCAAGAGAAACAUCGGGAAGCAGAGGAAGCCCACCAGGAAAGAGAAGAGAAAAUGCGUCACAUUUACCAAAGUCAUCAGGACAUGAUAGAGCGACAGAGAAAGACACUAGAGUGGUUAAAAUCAGAACAUGCACAAGCUAGGGAAGAUGCUGAAGAAGAGUUUAGACAAAUGAAAGCUUUGCUACUUGAAGAAAAGAUUAAAGGAGAAAGAAAGUUGAAGGAAGAACUGAGAAUUUUAAAAGACGAACUUACAAAGAAGGCAAUGACUUCUGCAAUUGAUGCUUGUGUUUUGCCAAAAGUAGUUGCUAUGGACACGGAAACAUCACAGCAUCUGACAGAGCUGGAUGUAGAUCGCAAACGGGUGACACAGCUUGAACUUUUAUACAGAGAGUCACAGAGAGAAGCAGCAGCAGAAUUGCAAGAAAAGGAAAGAUGCAUGGAGCAACAAAGGGAUGAAGAGAGUCAAGCCAUUGCUCGUGCUGAAUCAAAACUAGCUGACAUUGAAAAUAUAACAUUUCCAUGGCAGAGGUUCUCCUCUAGGAACAGUCUUGAAAGUUUAGUCGAGGAAACUGGAUCAUACUCAGGGGAAAGCUAUUGUUCAAAUUUGGAUCGUGUUAGCCCUAUUGGCGGUAGGAGCGAUUCUGAUAGCAACAGUGGAAGUUUGCAAAAUGGUGCUUCUGAUAAUUACAACAAUAAAGAUGGUUCAAAAUCUGGUGACAGUAAAGUAAAAUAUAGAAGUAAUUCUCUAGUUAAAAACUCGGUCUGCAUUAAAAAACAAAAUCCUAAACUGCAACCAAUACAGAAAGAAAGGACGACUGUUAGAAAUAAAUUUGUUUCUGAAACUGAUAACAGGACUAUGAAAAAGUCUGCAAAAGACAUGCCUCAUAAGGUGAAAGUGUCAAGUCAUGGUGCAAAAAUAGAAGAUGCACAAAAAAAUAAUCCAGCCAAGAUAAAAUCUUCCAUCCAUGAUAGGAGUCCUACUUUGCUGAAGAAAGUUUCUCCAAACAUCAAGAAAAAUAUCAAUAAACUUGAAAAAAAAGGAGAUAAAUCUGAUCAACAUAAAAGUAGAUCAAAGCAAUCGAAUGAACCUUCUACUAAUUCAAAGAGAGAGAAUACUGUAUUUUCAAGACUAUAUAAACCUCAAACACCAAAAUUCCAAUACCUAAAGAAAAAAGAUUGUCCAUUAUAUGGUCGAGACUGGAUGCAGCCACCUGAUAGGUCACGGGACUACCACCUCUCACAACUAAGAACAGGAUUGUUACCUUCCAGUAAAAAACCUUCUCCAGUUCGAGCUAAACAAAUUGGAAGCCCAGUGAGAGGAACACCAGGUUUGAAUUGUAGUCCUCCACCAAAAAUAAAUGGUACACCUAGGGUGGGAAGGACUCCGCUAUCCAGUAAGUCAGUACCAUCAUCAAAACCUACUAGCAAUAGUCCAAAAACUCCAAGAGCUAAACAUUCCACAAAAAGUUCGCCAAUCCCUAAACAAAGGAACAUCCAUAGGGAAGAUUCUGCACAAUCAUGUAGUAAAAACACAGUUUCUCGCGAUUCAAGCAAUAAGGCUGCAGUUAGUCAAGGAAUAACAUCAGCUAAUCCGUCCAAUAAUGUAAUCAAACCCACUAGAAAAAGUUGGCGGAGGCAACGAAUUGUUGUGUCUCCUCCAAAAAAAGUGUCUGUAGAAUAUGUUAAACCAAAGAUUACAAAACCAAAACAGAGGACUCCUUUAAAUAUGACACCACGGAAGACAAAACAUUCAGAAUCAUUUUAUGUGCCAAUGAAAGAUAAGAUGUGGAAGGCAGUUGCAAUAGACAAUCCUGAGGGCAACAGUGACUAUAUUCAAACAGAAAGACAACCUGCAAUUGGAUGUUCAAGGUCUAUGGAAGACGUUACUCUUGGACAUGGGCUUGCUUUGCCAUUGUUGGAUGGAAAUGAAGAACAUGAAGAACAUGAUUUUGUCAAGGAACAAAAGAUUCCCUCUGAAAUUUCUUCAGCAGUGGAUGACUUUCCAGAUUCCUUAGAUGAAGCUGAAGAAUUUUAUGAAGAUGCCAGUUAUACAGAACCUCUUUCAUAUCACGACAGUGAUUCUAAAAAUAUAACUGGAGAAAGUUUAACGUUGGUAACAACAAAUGAAAACGAGUCUGAUAUUUCUUGUGAUAGUUUGGAUGAUGAAGACACAACUCAAACAAAUCAUACAAUGACGCCUGUUUCCCAAACCAAAGAAAACAAUCCAUUUGCCCCGCAUGUACUUGAAAGUCAGGAUUUUGUUGAGGAUAUUCAAGAUGGAAUUAGUGAUAAACAAGUGUGUACAAGUGUAGUUAAAGAAAUGAAAGACAAUUCUGUGGAACUUGAGGAGACAGUAAACUUUUUUAAUGAUGAUGACCGUAAAAGAAAACCCUUAUUAGAGAGUUCAUUUAAAGAUGAUACUUACAGUGAAUCUGAUGAUGAGAUUAAUGAACAUGCUCCUCCUGCAAAGAAAUCAAGGAGACUAAAGAAAUCCAGAAAUCAUCAGUUGACUUGUCCAAGCAGCGAGUCAGAAAGUGAAGACACAUAUGGAGUCAACCUAAAUGGCCUGGCUGAAGUGAAAAUUGAAAUCAGUGAUGAAAAUAAUGCAUUCCAGUGUGGCAAUGCUGUCCAUGUACCAUUAGAUGAUUCUAAUAGUAUGAGUGAUUCUUCUGCUUCAGUUAAGAUAUCAAACAAUGGUGACAAUUCUGAUAUAGAUGGCUCUCUUAAUCUGUCAGGUCAUGGAAACCUUUCAGAAUCUUUCAAUUGGGAUAUAUUAAUUUCCAAAGAUGUUUUAUCAUCAGAGGAAAUGCCACCUCUUACUGAGGACAAACCUGCUGAGAACUCAAACUAUCAGAUCAAAUAUAAUGAUAAACACCUUGAGGAAAAGACAGUUAUAGAAACUGAAAACUCCAUAAUAAACAACAACAUGAAACAGAAUGAUGACACAUGUGAAGAUCAAUUCACAGAAGAUUCUGAUUCUGAUAGUUCGUCUGAAGAUUCAAUGGAAGGUGGUGAUUACUAUGUCAGUGCUGGUAUACAAGUUAAAAGACCUUUAGCAGAUAUCACAGAGGAGGUACAGUCUUCAGAGAAUGAAGAUACUGAUUCCAGCCAGUCAACAGACACAUAUUCUUCACCAUUUUCGUCUGCAGAUGAAGAAGAAAGUGUUGAAGAAAAGAAAACUUACAGUAUUGAUGAAAAGAAAACUUACAAUGUUUAUGAUGAGAAUGAGGGAAUAUUUAAAGGUGAAGAAUACUCAAGUACUGAUAAUAGUGAAUCUUUCAUAAGUGAUGAAGAGGAUUGCAAAAUAAGUGAAAGCUCUUCAGAGGAAAAUCUUCAAGACACCUGCCAACUAACUGAUUUAAAAGAUGCUGCUGAUUCUCCCAUAGUAGAUAAACCACUUUAUAUUGGUUUUAUAGGUCUAGAACCUAGCAUUCAUAUCUGUUUGACUCCAUCUUCAUCUGAACAAGAUAGAAUUUCGGACAUUCUGCCAUAUGAUCCAGCAGAUUCACAAGAAUAUGUUGAAGAAAUUGAUGUAGAAACAAACGUAAAAGAAAAAAGUGUGCCAAAAAAUCUGUCUGAAAACAAGUUUGAGUUAGAAAAUGUUGUCAAUGAUGAACUUGCUAGUGAUAAAGAAAAGGAAUCACCAGUUGAAAGCAUGAGUAUUUUAGAUGAACAGUGUUCAGAGGAGCUAGAGGAUUCAUAUUUGGACACAACAAUCACAGAUGAAGAUGUUCAUAGUAGUGUGUGUGAUGGCAGUGGAAAUGAUAGCUAUACAUGUAAUGGUGCUCCAGAACUGAGGUCUAUAAAUGUUUUGGAAAAUAAAGAACAAGAACUAGUAACAAAUGAUUCUCUCUUAAAUGUUCUACUCCUUGAAAAAGACAGAAAUAAUCCAGAACAACAAAUACCUGACAGAGAAGCAGAAAACAUUCUUAAAUCUAAAUAUGAAGCUCUUGACGAUGUUGUAAAUGCACCUAAUCAACGAAAAAUGUUAUUACAAGUAGGAAUACAAAACUCAAGUACUGGGUGUGAGUCAGCUGAUGAACUCCCGUGCACAGAGCAUCGAUUGGUUGGACAAAAUUUUGCUAUUGCUAAUGCUCAAUUAAAGAUGAUUGCUCUAUUGCUUGGUAACAAAAGUGCCAUCUACGAUUCUGAUGAAUCAAACUCACCAGAAAGGAUGGAAAGUCCUCAGAGGAAAGUUCCAACAUCACCAAAAAAUGUUGGUAGUGAUGGUUUUAAGAUAUCUCCUGUCAUGGAUAAGGGAAUUUUCAGCUCUGUAUCUGGUGAUGUACAUAAAAUCAAUGAAACAGUUAUAAAAUCUGAUACUGUUAAAGCUGAUAGACUACCUCAGAAUCUUGCAUUAAUCUCCACCUUUGACUCACCUCAAAGCCCAGUCAUGUCACAUGUGGUUGCAGUUGAUUACCAUAAAGGUGAUAUUGUGAAUAUAUCAACUAACAUAAAAGAUCCCACUGUGCCUGACACAGAUCAGCAUGAUCAAGAACUUAAUAAAAGCAUUAAAGAAUGUGAUAAAUGGAGAGAAAAUGGGGAAAUUAUAUUCGCAAAAACAGAUGGAACAAGAUUUCCACCGGAAGGAAAUGUAGACAGUAUUUAUUCUGAAAAUGUUAGUAAUGUUUCAAAAUUAACUAUGCUUGAAAUGGAAACACAAACAGAAGAACAGAGAAUGAUACAGGGUAAUUCCCAGUUGCUUCCCAAAGGUGUUGAUCAAAAGCAGGUACAAGAAAAGAAUCUUAGGAAAUCAGUAUGUGGUGAUUAUGAAGUCAGAACCUGCAGUGAAACUCAAACUGAAGCCAUAAUUACUGAAAUAGCUGUUGAAGAUAUAGAUAAAAAUGACGAUUCAACAGAAUGUUCAAGCAAUUUAAUACUGGAUAUGAAUUCAGGAAUUUCUGUUGCAAUGCAAACAGAUAUGUUUCAAGAAGAAUACCAAGAGGAAGUCUCAAUUCCUGUUAAUGACAAUGUAUCCAUAAGAUCAAGAUCUUAUUUGGAGAACACUGUAGUUUCCAAUCAUAAUACAAAUAAUAGACAUAUGAUGGUAUCUGUUGCAACGUUGACAAUAUCAGAUGAUACAAACAACAUUGAAGACACCGAAAGAAUGAUACUGGAGAAAUAUGUUGAACAGAAUUCUAUGACUACAUGUGAUGCAGCGACUUCCCCAGAUUAUCUGCAACCAUCUAAUGAAAACUACAUAUUUGAACCAACCAAAGAACAUGAAAGAUAUGGAGGGGAACAUAGAGUACCGGGAAAUAAAACAAAGAAUGCAGAAACACAAUAUGAAGACAAUUCUGAAAUCUUACCGAAUUCUUCAGAAAUGUUGCAUAUGGUAGAAGAACCUAAAGCUCUUCUUCAACACAAGAUGAGUAAUGAAGUAAAUAUAAUUAAUGUAUGUGAUACCAAAGAUACAGGUACUCAAGUACAGCUAACAGAUUAUUCAGCAUGUGACAUUCUGGAAUGUAACAUUCAACAGAUGGUGUUCACGAAAGAUGAAGGCAGCACACACAUACUACCUCAAGAAGAAGUGAUUGCAGCUUCAACUCAAACUGAUGAUAAUUGGAAACGAAGUGUGGUAUGUCAGACUGAUCCUUGUGAACAGUCACCCAGAGUUAAAUGGUAUGAAUCUCGAGAAGUUUUAAAAAUCUCCAGAACUUCAAUGGCGAUACAAACUGAUAAUUGUCAAGAAAUAGAAGCCAUUGAUACACAUGGCAAUAAACAUUUACCAUCUGCAUUUAAUGAACUAUAUUCAGAAACUCCAAUAUUUUCAGAUUCUGGGAUUCAAGUGUACCUAGCUGAUGAAAUUGACCAUUUUAAAAAAGGAAGGACAUCAUGUCAUACUUGUCAAGAUGAAUAUUUAUUCAAUGAUAAUGUACCAUCAUUAGUUAACCAAGGAAUACAAACUGAACCCACUAUACUGGAUAUCAGUUCAGAAGUUAACAGUCAAAGCAUUGAAUCUGAGUCAUCAGAAAUUAUAUUAGAGGAAGAGAUGCCUGUAGAUGACAUAAGUGACCAUCACCCUCAUCUGGAUUCAGAGAUGUCAGUGGAAUCGGAAGUAGAUGCUGAGGAAUCAUCUGUUGUACCAAUUGAUGCGAGUCCAGAAAAUAAUGAUUUACAAUUUCUUGAAAGAAUCAAGGAAAUUAAAGACAAAGCACAACAUGUUGCCUCCCGAGCUAGAAUGUUUACAUCUAAGCUCAGGCUAAGCAACAUGAAUGAUAGUGCAGAGAGUCUGGAUCAUCCUCCAGACGACAUGCCGCAAGAUCAAGAUAUCGACUUCCUUGAGAAAUCAACAGAAAAUUCUUUAGAAUCAGAAGAGAGAAUUUCUACAUGUAACUCAGCUGAAUUUUCAAAUGCUGAGGAUUUAGAAAUUGAUCAUACUCCUUCUAGAGAAGAUGGUAACCAAGACACCAAAAGGUCAGAACUCAAUUCAAUCAUAUUGAACACAGAAACAAAAACAUUGAAACAGAUUACUUUCACUCUGAAACCAGAAUUAAGCCUGGUUGAAAUGGAAAGGCCUUCAGAAAGUGCUUUGUCUGGUAGUGAUGAUGGUUACGAUUAUGUUGAUCACAAUGAUAUCAAAGAUGAUGAUAAAGAUGAUUUAUUGUUCAAACUGACCACAGACAAAACAAACAAUAAAGAAAUAUCAUCUGAAGAUGAUCUAUUAGAACAUACAGAAAUUGUUCAUACUUCAUAUGGAGAUGAUGAUUGUGAAAGGAAUGAUAACAUGACAUCACAACUAAGGUUGAUUCAAUUGAAAUCACAGGCAGUAAUGUCCAACAGCAUUGCUUGCACACCACCAUCUGAAUCUGCACUGGAGGAACCUGUACUAGAAUCAGCAAGUUCAAAUUCCUUAAAGGAAAUAGUGAAACAUCAAGGUAAUCCCUCACAUUAUUUAGAGACAGGAGACAAUACAGGAGAGGAAACAGAAGUUGUAAAUUUUGCAAAGUUCAAGCUCAUGCUUUGUGAGCAAUAUGUUCAACAAAAUAUGGUUCUCUCUGAAGUGAGAUCAUUUUGGCAACAAUUGAAAGAAGAGGAAGAAGAGCAGAAAGUGAAAGAUACCAUUCAAGAUGAGAAUUCUAUCCCAAAGUUAGAAGACAUCCGUGAGGUUCCAAAAAUAAAAAAUUUUCCAGAUGAGAAUCAGAAAGUUAAUUUUAAUCAUCAAGAAGAAAACAAUGAUCAAGCCAUGGAUGUUUUUAAGAGUCAAAUACUAAACAGACCAACUGGAACAAUUAUUUACCAUGUUGAUGAGGAGAAUGUAAGGAAGCUUGAUGACAAUAUGAUUCAGCCACAUAUGAAUCAUGAUUUUAAUAACAGUUCAAAUACUGGUAACCUUAUGGAUGAAAAUAAUAUUGAUGAAACCAUGAAGACGUUUGAAGAUGUUGAGCCAUCCACAGCUUCUGUGUCUGAAAUAAUUUCUUGUAGUACUGAUGAAAUUGAUGGGUCUGCAGAUCAUAAAGCAGUAGAGUCAGAGAGUGAGCUAAGCUUUGCAAACGAGGAUCAGAUAUCCUGUGAUUCAGUUGACUCUAACAAAGUAGUUUCACAAGCUUUGAAAUACAAAUUACAUCAGUUACCAACAAUUAAUUAUCUACCAGAAAACAAUGAUAUUUCUGACAGUGAUAAAAAUAUUGGUGAUGGUGAUACCAAGGAACUGCAAACUUCAGAGCAAUAUGUUUGGUCCAAAUUCCCUACCAAUAACAAAACAGUAUCAGGUAGUCAAUCAUCUAAUGAUCACAAUAACCUGGUAAACAAUGAAGGAGAUUUAUCAACAGAUGUGAUGAGACAUGAUCCACAUAAGAUACAUACAAAUGAGGAUCUUUCACUAAAUGAAUUGGUAUGUGGUAAACCGGAACAAGAGGAAGUAAUGUCUGCACAGCCUGGCUAUCAUUACCGUUUGAAAGACUGCGCAGACCACAAAUCCUCAUAUUCACAAAAAAUAAGGUUUUUAGGAGAAGUUGAUAAGCAAGUGGUUAAUCUGCCAACAUAUAAUGUCAAUUUCGAUCUUGAUGAAAGUGAUGAGGAUCUGCGGGCUCUAAAGAAAUCACAUGAAGAUGUUGAACGCAUUCUUGAAGAAACUUCAAGCCCAGAUUCCGACUUGGAAGAUUCGGCAGUAGAACCAGAGCUUGUGGCGCUAAUGGAAGAAAUUGAGAAUGACCACAUAUCUGCAGAUUUGGCUAAGCAAAGGUUAGAUCCACCAUCAUUAACAGAAAACCGGUUGUGCAGCCAUGCUCUGAAGGUUCCUGUCAGUUACAGAUCUUCCAAUGACUCACAAAAUAACACUCCAAAAAAUUCAUAUGAGCCUGAGCUAGACAAUCAUUGUUUAGAACCACAAGAUAUGCGGAUUAAUGUUAAACCAUUGUCACCUUUCAGACCAGAUUGGCUGACUGAAAAUGUCUUAGAGAAUGGAAUGUAUAACACAUCUAGUAAUAGCUAUUUACAUAUACAUAGAACUUGUAGUCCUUUUGGGACCAAACCUGUUGAAAUUGAUAGAUUGAACUCCUUAGAAAUGGUUGUUCAGGAAAAGGGUGACAUUUUGAAAGUUACAGAAAGAUCAAGCAUCCAGAUGAAAUAUCAAGAGGCAUCAUCAUAUAAUAAUUCUCCAUAUCAAAGUGGAAUUUCAACUCCUAAGUCAGAUUUUGAAUCAUCCAGUAUGAGCCAUAUUGGUAAGUCAAGUUCUCUAACUGUUGAAAAUCUUAAGGCGAUUGGAGCCCUUCCGAGGAAGUUUUUGUCAAAAACAUCAAUUCCUCUGCAAGCAGGUACAGAUGUUGAAAUACUUAGUGACUUCCAAGAUGAAAUUCCAACAUCAAAUACAGAUGUGUCUGGCAGAGAGAAACAAAGAGCUAGUACAGAUGUAGAACAAGAGGACACAAAUUUCAGUAAUUCAAUGUCAGCAGAGACUGGUAAUAUCUCUGAUGUACUAUCUGAUAUUGAAACCUUUUCUGACUACAAGACCAUUGAUAGUAGUCCUCCACACAACUCUUUAGAUGCCUUUAGCAAAUUGAAAUUAGCAAUGGACUCAAGUACUCAAACAGAUGUCCCAUCUGACACCACUUCACUAUUACAAGAUGAUAUUACAGAAGUUGACCAGGCAUUGAGUAGCUCAGAUAGUGAUCAUUUCCACAUAAGCAUAGCCUCACCUGGUAGCAGGCUUGAUCGACAUGACACCUCAGUUGAACUGAUGGAAGCUAAGAUGAUGCAUGGCAUUGGAGAAACCGAUGCUUGGCUUAGAUUCUUAGAAUCAGAUAAUUCACUUAGUGAUUGGAUGCAGUUUAAAAAGACCAGUAAUUAUGGAAAACAACAUCAUUCUAUUGGCCAAAUACAAAAAGAAAAUUUAGAAAGACCACACACCAGUAAUGGACAUUAUUCUUCACCUCUGGGUACCUUAGAAAUAAAUCAUUUAAGGAGUAAUAGUGCUUGCAUGAGAAGAGAUCUGUCGCCAGUUGGCAGGUCAAGACAGCCAUCUCGUCAAUUGGAAUACCUUCAGAAGCUCAGACAAGAUGUUGUGAAAGCAACCAGUCAGACUGAAACUGCAUCAGAAAACAGUGGCAUUGAUGAACUUCUGGCAGAGUACCAAAGAACCAGAGAACAAUCUCAAGCAGAGAUCACAAAAGCUAAAGAAAAAUUGAAACAACAGACUAAGAAAGAAAAGCAGAGAUUAAAAGAUGAAAUGAAAUAUCUACGGGAUAUUGAAAACCAAACCACGGAAGCAAGAAUAAAAGCUGAAGAUCACAUCAGAGAUGAAAGAAAGAGAAUCUUUCUAGAAGAGAGACAACUGCUGAGAAUAAAAGAUUGGCGUCACCGUAGAACAUCAUCAGAACAAGAUGUUGAUAUUGCUAUUAUGAAUCUUAAGAAAGCAAGAGACUCCACAAGAUACAGUGAUAGACUCCAUGGUCACCCAAGUCAGCUCAAUAGAACAUGGCAUGGAACAUCAGAAGAAUCUAAGAGAAGUCACCAGCCACUACCAAACUACUAUGUAUCAUCUGUGCACAGGCAAUCUUUUUCCGAUAGAAGCUCAGUAGCAUCUGGUGCUUCAUCUGGUCGUAGCUUCUCACCGCCAUCAACUGAUCGAUCGAAUACAAGAAGCAGUUUAUCAAUUGGAUCUGACCGCUAUGUUGGAUCACCAGUUUCAGAUGUCAAGUCCUCCAGCCCAGAGGUGUCCUAUAGGAAUAGUUUAGAUUAUUAUCAUCAUUCCUCCUUUUCCACUGAUGAUGAAUUAUCUCCUAGAUAUUCUUAUGAGUUAUCAAGACCUUCUGGAUCCUUCCAUGGAGAUGUAAUAUCUGCAAACUCUGUGAAAAAUGCCAAGAUCAAAAUGAUGGCAGAUCCAAUGCUAGUAGAAGCAAGGUAUAAAGAGUCUUUGGAAAGAAUAAAACGUUACGAAAAGUCUAGCAAUUGUUUUCAUGGACAUCAUCAAAGGGAUAGAAGAGGGCGCUCUAGGGAACACACACAAUCUUAUGAUGAGAGGUUGCAUCAAGUAGAAGGGUCCCCACCUGAUGCUCUCUCUUUAGCAUCAGUUACACCACAUAGAAGAGCUCACACAUUUGAGGAGCAGAUUCUACAACCUAGACAAGUUGGCCAACAGGAUCCUAACCACAACUACAGGAACUAUCAAGCUGGAGUCGGAAAUGCUUACAGAGAUCAUCCAGCAGUUGUGGCAACAGGAGAUUCCGACUGGGAGUAUUGAUGAAGUAAAACUUAACCACAGUGGAAUAUCUUCAUCUUAAAGCAUUGUCUCUGCUGCUUGGAAUGCUUGCUUCCAAUCUUGAAGUCAUCAUGGUACAGCUCCCACGACUUGAUGCAAUGUUACCUUCCUGAACAAUUGGAUUUUAUAAUAAUCAGAUGAGUCUUCAAGAAUAAUUACAUUGAUUAUGCACAGGCAGAUUGGAUGUCAAAUAAUCUGAUAAACUACAGCUCUCACAGUCAUCCAACGUCAUGAGGUUACUACUGUAGGGGUAAACACAGAAAUAGAUGAUUGAUCAGCAACCGCUAUGAGCAGCUGUUGGGCCUAGAAUUAUAGUGACCCUUACUGAAGUGAGGCGAUUCAGAGACAGUAUGAAUGCUUAUGAUGGGGAGUUUUCGUCUCAUGCUCAUUAUGAAAUUGGUUAUAAAUCACUUCAGGAGCUUAUGCGACCCUGUGGAGCUAACACAAAGGAUUUCUGGGAACAUUGUAGACAAAUUAACGGCCUAAAGGAUCACGAAAAAAAAAAGACAAAAGUGUGAUGAAAUUUAGCACUGUUUAAUGUAUUUGGACAGAAUGUAAUGUUGCAUGUUAUUUCGAUCUGGGAGCAUUUAUGUUAUCGGAAGAAUAACAUUUCCUAUUUGCUAUGUAAACGGGAGGAGAAUAAAGAGUCAUCCAUGAAAUAUGAAAUUACAAAUGAAUGAAAAGAAUUAUGCAUUCAUUAUUAAUAAUGUCAGAUAAUUUUGUAUAUCGUAAUAAUUUUUUCAUCAUUUUUAUAAAUAAUUGUAAUUGUUAAUACAGCAUUAAUACUGUUAUAGUGUUGUAAAGUAUGUAAAUGAUUUAGAUAAUUGUGUAAUGUUGUUAAAUGAGUUUGCUUCGAAGAGUUCAUCAUAAGUAUUUUCGGUGCUAUUUAUGAAGCUUAAAUCUGGCUUGAAUUAAUUGAUCCAUAAAAAGCUUGCUCCCAACGAAUGAUCAGAGGUCUCUGAUUGGUUUAUUCCAGAAGAGAUCAUGACAUUUAUUUAUGAUCUAAUGUAAAUUAUACGUUAUAAAUUUAUGAAUCAUGGUGGUAUUACAUGAAAAAUAUUAAAUUCAAAUGUCUACCUUUAUUCUGUAUAUAUGAACUCUAUGUGGCAUAGUGUAAAAAGUAGAGUGUGUGUGAUAGUAAUAUAUUUAAUACACGGAUGUUUUUUUCAGCAAGAAUGUUUUACUUUACCCUUGACCUUUGUGAAUAGAGAAGAGUACUAAUGGUUUAAUGACACAUUAGUUAGGUUUAUGUAGUGUAAGCUGUUAGGUGUGUGAUUUCUCAAGAGGAUUAAAUUAUAUUAAAUUAUUAAUUAACCAAUGAGGCUCUGUAUUUUAUAUCACAUGACUCAAAUUAUGGUGGGGAGGGGGACACCUUGGUAAGAUUGUGCUGUUUUUAUAUAGUAGCUAAUUUUUACACCUAAUUUAAGUCCAAAAUAUAGGAUAUUUUUUUAAAUAUGAAGACAAUUACAAACAAAAUUUCUCCAUCUACAAAUGUUAUUAUCUACCGUAUAAUUAACACAGAGAAAACCGCCAACCACUAUUUCCACUCCUAAAUGUUGUUAUUGAAGGACUAUUCUUCCACUGAAGAUAACCUUGUCCAGCGUUGGUUGUCUGCUGUAGAAACUGUUGUUCAUUUCUUUUGUUAAAACCUUGGUUUUUAUGUGUGUGCUGAACUCCGAAAAUAUUUUUGUUAGGAGUUUGUUGAAUUUUUUUACUGCUACUUAUGCUGCCGUUUUCAUUUUUUAUAAGAAUUGAUUGACAGAUGUAAAAUAUAAAAAUGGUGUAAAAAUGUUUUGUAAUGUAUGUUGGCGGUUAAAGCUACGAACAUUAACACGCUGAUUGUCUACUACGCGUAUGCUGUACUACUGUACUCAUAAUAGUUCAUUGCUAUGCACGGCAAUACAAAGUAUAGUCGUAUGACAGCAUAAUUCUCCAAGUGUUUGUAAUUUAAUAGGCUAGAAUCUCAGCCAACUUAACAUUUGUCUGGCAGUAAAGGGAAAAAUCCAUAACAUAUA